AUGUCAAGCUACAGAGCCUUUUCGAGUUGUGAAGUAUGGCAAUCAGAAAAUUUCGAACCUGGGGAAGAAAAUUUUCUCUACUCAAGAAAACCCGAGUUCUUGAUUGAGAUUUUUGCUUCCUUUACAAGGGAAGAAGAUUACCCUCUAGUUCCAAGGUCUACUUUACACUUCCAUAAGUUCAAGGAGCAAUGUCACCUUUUAACAGAGAGCAGAACAUCCUGGUCUGUGAUAUCCAACAUGCUUACUCAGAUACUGGUUCCCUAUCAUGUUCAGCCCUUCAUGAUCCACACUAUUUCUACUCGUGCUCGUGAGAUUGCCGGUGAGCCUGAGAACGCAAACCGAAACACCAUUCCGAUACUAGUGUCCCUUACAGUUGGACAAGAACCAUUCUUGGAGGACCAAGACGAACCCGAAAUUUCUGACCAUGUGUUACAGUUGGUGCGCGCAAGAAAGUCAGCAAUUGAUGAGCUAGAGAAGGUGAAAGUUGAAGGCUGUGCAAAGCCUUGUGUUAUAUGUUUGGAAGAGAUUGUAAACGGUUCUGAAGCCACUCGCAUGCCUUGCUUUCAUGUCUACCAUGAGAGUUGCAUAGUGAACUGGCUGGAGAAGAGUCACCUCUGUCCGUUGUGUCGGUUUGAGAUGCCGGCCGAAUUCUCAUGA